AGUAAAAAAUGGCUGGAACCGACUGAUUCAAAUAAUCCCUCGCACAAACCCUAGGGCUAAGCUCACCCUCGCGAUUUCUCAGCUCUUCUCUAUCCACUCGCAGGCCGAUACAGUCGCAGAUUCUCACCGGAAAAACGGUUGUUCUUGUUGUCUCCCAUUUAACCUUAGGACAAAACACGUAGAACGAUGGCGUCGGCAUCCACCUCCGACGGCUGCUCCGGGCGGAUUCGGAACGCUGCAUUGGCUCUGGUCUCCGACAAUCAGUCCCUGAUCGUUGAAAUUCGCAAAGCUGUGAAUAUGAUGAAAAAUAUAGCCGUUGAUUUGGAGAGAGAGAAUCAGACUGACAUGGUUAAAGAUCUGGAAAACGCUGCUGCUGAGCUGUUGGACUUAUUUGGUGAUUGUGCUCAUCAUUCUUCAGCCAUUCAAUCGGUUGCAAAUGCAUACCAGCCUGGGGAUCAGGUAACUGAUUUUAAGAAGUUGCUUGAGAAUGAAUUCACGAAGCUCAAGGAGACGGCAUCUUCAGUGUCACAAACUGAUAAUUUGAUGCGCCAGUUCAGGGAAGCAGUCUGGAACGUUCAUCACAAAGAACAACCAAUGCCCGGUGACGACCAAGAAGACAUUGUAAUGACCAGUACUCAGUGUCUUCUCCUGAACAUUACAUGCCCGUUGACUGGGAAACCAGUGGUUGAACUAGCUGAUCCAGUUCGCAGUAUGGAAUGCAAGCACAUAUAUGACAAAGCAGCAGUCAUGGGUUACAUAUCCAGGACUGGUAAUGCUAGGUGUCCUGUAGCAGGUUGUCCAAAGCUAUUGAAGAAGGACAAAGUGAUUUGCGACCCGAUGUUGAAGUUUGAAAUCGAAGAGAUGCGUUCGGCGAUGAAUAAAGAAUCUUGUCGGACUGAAGUGAUUGAAGACUUUACAGAAUUUGUUGAUGAAGAUUAGGUUAAGAUUAGAUCAAAGAACUCUCAUGCCUUUGCAUAGGAGGAACACACUUGGUGUAAGCAAACAAGGGUUCUUGCCAUUCCAAUGGCAUUAUGAAUAUUCAUAAUGUUCUUAUGAAUAUUCAUCUAUAUCAUAUGUUUUAUUGAUA